UCAAACCGCGCGCGUUUUUUUUGUUCUCCACAGAAAAAAAAAGGUUCGCUUUGUCCGUGUCACUUUCGGCUCUCUUUUCCAGUCGCAAUGGGGGGGGAGAGGGUGAAUGUAUACAGGGCGAAAAGUAACGGUGGCAGAACAUCUCGCGCGAGAAAGAAGGCGAGAGAGAAGACAUCUCGGGAAGAGGGGGGGCGAGAGUCCGAGCCCCACAUACUUUUGCCUCAGGGGAAGGGACGGGGUGUAAGGCAGGAAUGCCCCAUUCUCUUUUUUGCGGGUUCGGCAUCAACCCAUGCGAACCACCCUCCCUUUUUUGUCACUUUGUCGUUUCCUCUUCUACUACUUCGUCUUCUUCUGAUCUCUCCUCCCUCUUUCUCUUUUCUUCUUUCUUUCUCUCCUUCAUCCUCAUCACAACCUAAAAAAAAAAAAAACACGCGCACAUCUCACCCUCACACGAUGAGCCACAUCAUCGACCCCUCUCACAGAAACCCGCCUCCCAACCGGAGGACCAACGGGGAUGAGUUUGCCACCAAGAACCCCAGCGCUGCCCCCAACCUCGGUCACUACACAAAGCCCACAAAGUCCAAGGUCAACACCAAAUCUCCUGAAUACAUCGCCAACUACAAGGAGAUGCUCGAGCUGGUCGACCAGCUCAACGAGCGUCUCCAAGAGGCGACCUUCCAGGGAGCAGAUCGUCUUCUGGCUCUGCAUCACAAGCGCGGAUCUAUCCUUGCCCGUGAUCGUCUCGAACUGCUUCUCGACGAUGACUCUCCAUUCAUGGAGCUCUGUCCCUUGGCUGGAUACGGCCAGGAUGACAUGACCAUCGGUGGAUCUCAGGUUGCCGGUAUCGGUCUUGUGUGCGGUAUAGAGUGCAUGGUCUCUGCCAACGUUCCCACACUCCAGGGAGGUGCCUCGAACGCCACCACGCUUGCCCGUGGUGAGCGAUUGGGCCGCAUCGCCUGGGAGAACCGUCUUCCUCACAUUCAGUUGGUUCAGUCGGCCGGCGCCAACCUGGCCCAGCAGUCUCGCGUGUUUCACCCAGGCGGGGCUGUCUUCCGUCACUUGGCCGAGAGAUCCAAGGCUGGUCUGCCCUCAGUCGCGGUCGUCUUUGGAAACUCGACCGCAGGUGGUGCGUACAUCCCUGGAAUGAGUGACUACAGUAUUAUGGUCAAGGGCAAGGCUCAGGUCUUCCUGGGUGGUCCUCCUCUGGUCAAGAUGGCAACCGGCGAGAUCACCGAUGCAGAGACACUCGGAGGGGCAGAUAUGCACAGUCGCAAGUCUGGAGUCUCAGAUCAACUGGCCAUGGACGAAUACCAUGCAAUUGCCAUGGCCCGUGAGUUCGUCUCUGGCUUGAACUGGACCAAGCAAGGCCAGCUCCCUAUCCGCCACUUGAAAGGUCUCUUCGACCAGCCCCUGUACGAUCCCGAUGAGAUUCUGGGUAUUGUCAGCGCCAACAUCCGUAUUCCCUUCGAUGCUGUCGAGGUGAUUAUUCGUCUGGUUGAUGGAUCCCGUUUCACGCAGUUCAAGCCCCUGUACGGACCCAACCUAAUUUGCGGUUGGGCCACGAUCCAUGGUAUUCCAGUCGGUAUUCUCGCCAAUAAUAACGUGCUCUUCCCUCCGGAGGCAAACAAGGCGACGCAGUUCAUCCAGCUGUGCAACAUGCGCGAUACUCCAAUCCUGUAUCUUCAUAACAUUACAGGAUUUAUGGUCGGCAAGAAGUACGAGGAGGAGGGUAUCAUCAAGGCCGGAUCGCGCUUCAUCAACGCAGUCUCGAACUCACAAGUGCCAUGCAUCACGAUUGUGAUGGGUGCCAGUUACGGUGCUGGAAACUACGCGAUGGCCGGACGUGCUUACAACCCACGGUUCCUGUUCUCGUGGCCAAACAGCAAGUGCUCUGUCAUGGGUGCAGAGCAGCUGACAGGAGUGCUAGACAUUGUGAUGCGUGACUCGGCCAAGAAGUCGGGCAAAGUAAUUGACGAGGAGAUGGCUAAAGCGUCGAUGGGUAUGUUCCAGGCCAUGGUCGAGAGCGAGUCGGACGUGUACUGGACGAGCUCCAGGUGCAUCGAUGACGGAGUGAUCGAUCCCCGCGAGACACGCACAAUCCUCGGUUUCUGUCUGUCUGUGUGCUACAACACUGAAGUCAAGGGCGGCAACCUCUAUGGAGUCUCGCGUAUGUAGAUGGAGCGACGCGUUGGUUCAACGGGCGACGGCAUGCAAAUGUGCUAUUAAGAGAGAAGGGAGAAUGCUUUUGGUCGCUUCGCCUUCACCUCAACUUUCACCCUCCCUUCGCCAACUCCUUUCCCACCGUUGGAUUCGCAUGAAAUAGAAAUUAAAUAAAGGACAGUCCCUUAUGCUUGCA